AUGGAGCCGCCUUCGUCGUCGGCAGUGGCGGCCGGAGACGCAGCCAGCCUGGACUACCUGCUGUGGAUUCUGCACUGUUCCGGCACCAUGCGGCACCCACGGUCGGGCUCUUGGUCCACUCGCAUAUUCCACCUAAGAUAUAUCUUCUGUAUAUUGACUCUCGGUUAUUACUGUGGCAUACAAGUGGUGCUGAUGUGGAGAGUGGGCUUCGACGAUUUCGAUUACUUCACUCUCGCACUGAGCCUGUUAGACACAUUAGCAACUUGGAUUUUCCGUCUGAGACACAUCGCAAAACGUGAGCGGGAUUUCCACACGCUUGCUGUACAAGUGCGCGACGACUUUGGGGAAUUCAUGGCUCCGCGAGACGUGACGCUGCUCCGCCGCCACAGCCGCAACCAGCGGGGCUUCGUGCUGGCCUACUUGUCGCUGGGCAUGUGUGACGUCAGCGACACGGCGCACCCCAUUGGCUGGGCCGCCGGGUGGCUGUACUGUGCCUUCAUCGCGGUGCACAUCGUGGUGAUGAACAUGAUGGCUGACGCCAUCAACAGUGCGCAGAGCGUGCGCGAGACGGGAAAAUUUGGCGCCUAUUUGUGCGCCAUGUUCACCGAGCUGUCUGUAUACUGCUGGUUCGGAGACAAACUCAUGUCAGAGAGCGAGAAGGUGGCAUUCGCUGCGUACGAUGUGGUGACGUCAAUGGAAGAAUGUCCCGUGUCCAUCAAACGGACGCUCCUUUUGAUCAUGCUCAGAGCUCAGAGGCCGCUGUGCAUCACUGCUGCCGGGUUCUUCCCUUUCUCCAGGGAGUCCUUCGUGUCGAUCAUAAAUGUGUCUUACUCAUUCUUCGCCAUUCUUCGGAAUUUCAAAGAAGAAUAG